UUGAUUUUUUCAUUCUUCUGUAGUGUGCGGUGAAAUAUUUUGCAAGGAACGUAAAAAGUUUUUUUUUCUGUUUUUCCCUUUGGAAUUUUCUGAAAUUCUAAAUUUUUGAAGAAUUAUUAUUUUUAGAAAAUUUAGUUUCUAAAAAACAAAUGUUUGGAUUGUAAAAUUUCAUUAAAACCAAAUCCGAGUUCACAAACAAACUAACUAAAGAACAAUAAUGGAACAGGAAGAUUAUCAUGCCCCGCCAAAGAAAAUUGGCAAACAACACAACACUUUGCCAUUGUGGGGCAAUGAGGCUUCAAUGAACUUGAACCCACUCAUAUUGGCCAACAUUCAGGGGUCCAGCUAUUUCAAAGUGCACUUGUUUAAAUUGAAAACCUAUCAUGAAGUGGUUGAUGAAAUUUACUAUCAAGUCAAACAUUUGGAACCAUGGGAACGUGGCUCGAGGAAGACGUCUGGACAGACUGGAAUGUGUGGCGGAGUGCGAGGAGUGGGUGCGGGUGGAAUUGUCUCAACUGCGUUUUGUCUACUUUACAAACUGUAUACGCUGCGCCUUACAAGGAAACAGGUUAAUGGCCUCUUAAAUCAUUCAGAUUCACCAUAUAUCCGGGCAUUAGGCUUUAUGUACAUUCGCUACACUCAGCCACCAGCCGAUUUGUACGAUUGGUAUGAGGAUUACUUACUUGACGAGGAGGAAAUUGAUGUGAAGGCUGGUGGUGGCCAGACAAUGACUAUCGGACAAAUGUCCCACCAAUUUCUUACUAAGCUCGAUUGGUUCUCGACACUUUUUCCUCGUAUACCUGUACCGAUUCAGAAACAAAUCGAGAAACGUCUUGAAAACUUUUGUAUGGUGAACAAAGUGAAUUUCAAUCAGUAUAAUGUUCGACCUGGUGCUGCUCCGAGUGGGGCGCGUGGUGUACCUGGUACUGGGUUAGCCGGAGGUAGUUCGAAUCAGUAUGAUGGCGAACGUGAAUAUGUCGAUCGAGGGAGAAGAGACGAUCGUGACAGGGAGUAUUAUGGCCGCGGUGCUGGUAGUGCGGUGGGGAGCUACCGUCCAGAACAUGACGAACGCAACACCGGCUUUCACGACUAUCGUAGGCCUGCAGAUGACCGUCACAACAGAUCGCCAUCAACUCGCGAUCGCUCUGAGCGGCGUGAAAAACACAAAAAGAAGCACAAACAUAAGUCUCGAAGCCGUAGUCGUAGUCGUGAUCGUUAUAGAGAGCCCUCGAAAAGCAGCUAUCGCGGCGGUGGAGGUUCCGAACGGGACUAUGAUUCCUACGACAGAAGAUAUCGUUGAACAUAUUUUUUUUUACAACCAGCUGUAGACGGGAAAGACACAAAAUUGAAACAUGUUAUGGAUCUACAAUAGUUUUUAAGGAACACACAAAUUUGCUAUAUAUCAUUUUUUAAUUAUUAUUUUUUGUUUACUAGCGUAUAAUAUUAACAUAGGCGAAUUGUUGAUGCUCAGGUUAAAGUUUUUAACUUUUAUGUUUUUAUCUUGCUCAGUUGAAAAAAAAUCACUAAGAUCACACUAAAACGCGCGAAUUAGAAUAAUAAACAAAAUACUGAUAUGAAA